CUCUCGGUAGAGGGCGUCCUUAGCGCCAGAACAAGAACGUCUGUACUGGAUGGUUUUGAUUUUUCUAAAUAUAUGCCUUUUUGUUGUUAUACAGAAAAAUAUUUAUAGAAUAAAUAUUGAACUUUAUAAGUAAAUUUUCCCCAAUUCCCUGCUAUGGUGUUUGUUGUAGUGCUUUCUUGCCCCUCGAAGAAAAUCUGAUGUGAGCGACAAAGACAAGGUCCAUGCUGUGAUAUUAGAAGUCAUCAAGAUGGAAACCAUACUACAACAACAAUCAGCUUCGCAGGGAAUCCACAUUCAAAAUUUGACAAUCAUGCCUGCAAGACCACCUGAGCAAACAUUUGGAGGCCUGACUCUUGAAUUAGAUUUGAACAGAAUGAAAGGCAGUCCACUUGACCAAGAAUCAGUGCCAAGCAUUACUACUGAUGAUGACAGCCAACACAGCUUGGUUAUAGCAAAUCAGCAAGAAGAUGUUGCUGGUGCACGUCGCUCUCGAGUUACAUCAAUCAUUGUUGCGGCUCCAUCACCUGUUUUAAAUAAUAUUGAAAAUGAAAAAAAUAGUGAUGUUUUGAAUUGUAGUCAAAAUAACCAGAGGGGACCAAAGAAUGCAUAUGCAUGUGAAGUUUGCCAGAAAGUUUUCCAUAAACCUAGCAGACUUGUUUCUCAUAUGACUGUUCAUUCAGAUGAGAAAGAUUUCAUCUGUACCUUGUGUAACAAAGGUUUUAAAAGUAGGUCUCAGCUUCAACGCCACAACAACACCCAUAGUGCUGUCCCUAAUUUUUGCUGUAAUAUUUGUGGAAGAGGUUUCAAGCACAAUGAUGUUGCUAAGCACAUCAGGAGGUUUCAUAGUGGACCUCGAAGGUCUAGAAGGGGUGGUACAGCAAAUCCUGAUACCUCUGUCAAUCCCCCCUAUAAUUCAUUUUCUCAGGCUGUUCCAAAUUCUCACGAACCAGUUCAACAAUGUCCUGAUCAAUCUGGUGAACAAUCAAUUCAAAUGCAAUCACAGCAGUCUGUAAUAAUUCAAAAUCAGUCCUCGCAUCAAAAUUUGGUUCAGCUGGAGCAUGAUAGUCUUUUAAGUCAAGAGAAUGAAGUGACCCAACAUCAUAAUGAAAAAUUAGAAAUGUAUCAUCAUAUGGAUUCAAUGAGCGGGAGUAGCAAUGACAGUGCACCAAUUCGUCCAUCCGCACUUAACAUGUUUCAUUGCACCCAAUGCUCCAUGAGCUUUCAGUCGCCUAGUGCACUGGCUAGUCAUAUGGUAUCUCAUCCAAAACAAGACCAGGACAUUGAGAAAAGCCCAAAGAAGGCUAAGAAGAAGCAUCAGUGCCAUUUAUGUGAUAAAACUUUCACACGUGCUUUUGGCCUCAGUGGCCAUCUUCUACUCCAUACUCGGACUGAAAGAAAACGAGAGCCCAAUCCAGAUUUACGCUGCCCAGUCUGUGGCAAAAUUUUCAUAAGGCGUGCUGGCCUUAAUGCUCAUGUUUUGCAGCAUGAGGGAGUGCCUCGUUUCUGGUGUGAUGAACCUGAGUGUGGAAAAGGGUUUGUCCAUUCUUAUCAAUUAACAAGACACAAACGAAUCCACUCAGAUGUUCUGCCAUAUUCCUGUCAAGUGUGUAAAAAGUCAUUUCGGCAUAAUGAUUUACCCAAGCAUAUGCGGACCCAUACUGGAGAUAAGCCUUAUAACUGCCAGCAUUGUGGAAAAGCAUUUGCAUUCAGCUCCAGUUUACGAACUCAUGAAAGAAUGCAUCUUGCCCUGAAAGAACAUUUAUGUGAAAUAUGUAAUAUGGGAUUCACCACUUCAGCUGGCUUAAGGAGGCAUGCAAAGUGUCAUGAAGAUGAAAGGGAAGAACUUUGUUCCUCCUGUGGAAAGUUUUUCCCCUCGAAACUGCAUCUCAGUCUUCACAUGCAGGAAUCGCAUCAUUGUGCGCAACAACAGCUCCCGCAGAUAGCACAAGAUGAGCAGAUGCAACAUCUCCAACAGGUUCAUGUUCAGCCAACGCAGCACUUGCAAGUUCUACCUGUAUCCCAUGUACAACACCAAGUGCAGCAAGUCCAACAAAUUCCCAUGCAUGAGGUGCACGUGGAUGUACAACAGCACCCUUUACCUAUCCAUGUGCCUCAUCAAGCUGAAUCUCACCAUUUAAUACAUCAAAGUGAUUCAACUACCUUGGCAACACUGGCUGCUUCCAAUCCUGAACCUUUGGUUUCAGAAGAGUCAUCUACUGUCACUUCAGAACCGUUGCCUGUGCUAGUUCCAUUUUCUGUUUCAGUACCCAUUUCAGUGCCAUUUGGUAUUAACCCUGAUCAAAUUCCAUUAAAUCAAUUUUUAAGUUGGGAGCAAAAAUACUAAGAAAGCCUUCAUUUAAUAUAAAGUUGUUUUGUAGUGAUCCUUACAAUUUUAUUUCUAGAGAUGUAAUGCUUUUAUUUGAUUCAGGUAGAUAGCCAGAAUGCCCACUAUCUAAAUACCUACUGAAUUAAAUGAUUUUGUUCCAAAUCAAAGUAAUGGAAAGAAAAUCCUACCUUUACCAGGACAAUUAGACUAAACUAUCCCUUUUUUACUCUUCUUUGAGGGUUGCUGUUGUAAGUGCUGUUUUGUGAUAGAUACCUUUGUUAAAAUUUACAAUCAGAGUUACUUUAUUUUUGUAAUUUACAGUAAGUAUGGUUUUACUGUUACAAGUUAUGUGUCCUUCAGAAAAGUUUUUUAUGAAAUUGAGAUUUGAAAAUUGUAGUGUGGCUCAACAUAUUUUUACCAUUUUGUUGGCAUGUUGGUUCAUAAUUAGGUCAUGUUCAUAGUAUACUGAAAUCCAUUUUCCAGACUGAUUAAGUAGUGCUAUAUUUUUGAAGGGAAAAUCUAGCUCGACAAAUGUUUUUGGAGAAUAGAACAGCAGUGAUCCAGCUGAGCUCUACACUACACCUGAAAGAAUUAUAUUUUGUAAGCAAUGUUGACUGUUGUAAUAUGUUAAAUGUUAUUGUUUUCAAACCAAUUAAACUGUUAUACCAAUUGUA